CUUCACAUCUUCAUCCGCCAAUAAUCCCUCCGCCCACCGUCGUUCACCCCAUUCGUUCAGCAUCCACCGCCGUCCACCUAUAUCGUCGGUCGCUUGUAAAUCACUGAAUUGGAUCAAUAUCCUGUAAAUAGGUGGAGUGUUGUUCAAGUUUUGUGUCAGUAUAUGUUGAAUACAAUGCAGUGGCUGUGUAUGAAGAGAGACGAUGAUCGCGUUACUGAAAAAUAUUGCUCUUGCUCCUGGUCUGUGAUUGAGAAACAUGUUGUUUUAACUGAAGUUAGGGGUUUUGGUGAUCCACAUAUUGGUAAAACUAGAUGUUUGCAAAUCAUCAAAAAGCUUCUGUAUCUUCUCAAUCAGGGUGAAAUAUUCACAAAGAGUGAAGCUGCAGCUAUACUUUCAUCUGCAGUUAAUCUGUAUCGUCUCCGAGAUGUUCAUUUGAGAAGAUUGUUUCAUCUAAUUGGAAGGGAUCUUUGCCCUAUUGCAGAUAAGGUUUCUGUGGUUACUGGUUACUGGUGCCUUACUUAAAGACGUCAACACCGGUAAUGUUGCAUAUCGGGCGAAUGCUAUUCGUUUGCUUUAUCAUAUUACGAAUGACACAUCCUUGAACAAAGUUGUGAAACUCCUCCAUGAGGCUCUUUGUCACGACAAUCCUACUCUUCAGAUUGCUGCCCUUGUGUGUUCAAUCAAUAUGCUAAAGAGAGAUCCAAGGAUGGUCAUCACAAUCGAUCAAGUAUACCCUGAAGACACUGUUUUCACUAAAGGAAAAGACGUUCUGUUCCAUGCCAUAUAUCUAGAAUUUGUGAUGAGAGAAUUACGUCAUACGCCAGAAGUACGUCGUCAACAAUUCUGGCUAGUAUGGGGAAAAUUCGCUAGGCUUUCCUCUUGGUGUUCUUCGCCAUUGGGGACUUACAUCCUGAUUCGCAGUAUUCGAAAGGUUGCACGAUUUUGGCAUGUCUGCUGUGGUGAAGAUAUCUAUGAAUGGAUAGAGUCUUGUAUCAAAGCUAAAGAUAAAAUGGUGGCAAUAGAAGGAUUCUGGACACUGGAAGGGGUGGUAGGCAUAUCUAGGUGUACAAUUGUUGAAGACCACAUGGAUGUUAUGCGCCCAAAUCUUCGUUCUCACCAGCGUGUGGUGAGGUUUAGUGCUCACAGGGCAUUGCAGAAGGUGGGGAUUGUGCACAAUCUUGAUUUGGAUGUGAUUUUCUAUAAUUUAUGUCUGGAGAAAUUCAACCAUCGUUACCUUGAUGAGCCUGAAGCUGAACAGGUACCUCAAGUCAUUAAAACUGAAUUAUUUGCAGUCAAGGAAGCUUCAACUCAUCACUGCAACCUUAGGCUUCGGCUUGUGAUUGGGAAUCAUCAGAGUAUUGUACAUGCUACAUAGGCUGCAAUACAUAAAAUUUAAAAAUAUUGAGAAAAAAUACGUAUUGUUUUUUUCCAUAAUUGAAAGAAUUAGGAUAUUAUAAUUACAUGAGGAGCCUAUAAACAAUGAAUGAAAUUUACACAAUAAAUGAA